GCCCUAUCAAGCGUGCAUCGCGAAAGAUGAGUUUGCAGGUGAACAGCUGCAAGUGAUUGGCCAGAAGUACUUGCGUCGCUUCCAAAUGCUUGAGAAGAGCCGGGUGCGUGAGCUGCUUGCUCCGGGCAGCCUGGAGAUCAUGUCCAUCGCCACCUACCGUGUGAUCACGGCCAUGGGUGGGAAGGCUGAUGCGCUGACUCUGCAGGAGGUGAAGCAUGAGAAUUCGGAGCAUCAGGCGGCUGGCAUGUCUCCGGAUCAGGUCCUGUGGCAAAAGCUCCUCGACACCUUGCGCCGUGACGAGCGCUGUCGCGAGCGCCGCGAACGCGCGGAGGACGCGCUGGGCAAGGCGUUCUUGACGGUCUCCGAAGACACGGAUCCCGAGUAUCCGCCCUACCUGAAGAGCCUUAAUGCUGAAUCGUCCACACAGGAUUUCCGCAGGCAUGGCAUCACGGUACAAGAUGCGAUUGCCCGCUUGGUCCAGCACUGCGAAGCAAAUCUGCAAGACCUGUCAAGCCUACGGCGUACCAUGAGGAUCCUGCUCGCGAUGAUCCGAGUGGUGCGAGACGCCAGUGGACUCUGGACGGUCGCGUUGCGGGAGAUGGACUAUCUCCCGCCAGAGCGAAGAAGGACAGACUGA